AUGAAGUGCCUCCUGCUUGCCCUGGGCCUGGCCCUCGCCUGUGGCAUCCAGGCCAUCAUCGUCACCCAGACCAUGAAAGGCCUGGACAUCCAGAAGGUGGCGGGGACUUGGUACUCCUUGGCUAUGGCGGCCAGUGACAUCUCCCUGCUGGACGCCCAGAGUGCCCCCCUGAGAGUGUACGUGGAGGAGCUGAAGCCCACCCCCGAGGGCGACCUGGAGAUCCUGCUGCGGAAAUGGGAGAACGGCGAGUGUGCUCAGAAGAAGAUCAUUGCAGAAAAAACCAAGAUCCCUGCGGUGUUCAAGAUCGAUGCCUUGAACGAGAACAAAGUCCUUGUGCUGGACACCGACUACAAAAAGUACCUGCUCUUCUGCAUGGAAAACAGUGCUGAGCCCGAGCAAAGCCUGGCCUGCCAGUGCCUGGUCAGGACCCCGGAGGUGGACAACGAGGCCCUGGAGAAAUUCGACAAAGCCCUCAAGGCCCUGCCCAUGCACAUCCGGCUCGCCUUCAACCCGACCCAGCUGGAGGACGACGUCAUCCCCGCCUCCCCCAUCAGCGGGACCAGGAGGGACCAGGACCGCAGUCACCCCUCCUGGGACCCAGGCCCCUCCAAGCUCCUCCUGGGGCCUCCUGCUCGGGGCCGCUCCUUCUUCAGCAAUAAAGGCAUAAACCUGUGCUCUCCCUUCUGA